UUGGUCCCUGAUCAAAACCGGGCGCUCCCCCUUCCCCUGUCUCCUGGGUCUCUUGAGGAGCCCAGGAAGGAGGCUCCGCUAGUGCCGCCGGGCCAGGGGCAGCCGGGACCCGGGCUGCGGCUCUCGUUAGCUGGUCAUGUCGGCCGCCCAGGGCUGGGACAGGAACCGCCGGAGGGGAGGAGGCGCCGCAGGCGGUGGCGGCGGCGGUGGAGGUAGCGGGGCCGGCGGGGGCAGCGGGGGCAGCGGGGGUCGGGGGACUGGCCAGCUCAACCGCUUCGUGCAACUCUCCGGGCGGCCGCACCUGCCAGGUAAGAAGAAAAUACGAUGGGACCCAGUUAGGAGGCGCUUCAUUCAGUCCUGUCCCAUCAUAAGGAUCCCUAACAGGUUUUUGAGAGGCCACAGACCUCCACCGGCACGAAGCGGACACCGUUGUGUGGCAGAUAAUACCAAUCUGUAUGUGUUUGGAGGUUAUAACCCAGAUUACGAUGAAUCUGGAGGGCCAGAUAACGAAGACUACCCUCUCUUCAGGGAGCUGUGGAGGUAUCAUUUUGCUACAGGAGUGUGGCACCAGAUGGGCACAGACGGCUACAUGCCCCGGGAAUUGGCAUCCAUGUCACUUGUGCUGCAUGGAAACAACCUGUUAGUGUUUGGAGGUACAGGCAUCCCAUUUGGUGAGAGCAAUGGCAAUGACGUCCACGUCUGCAACGUCAAGUACAAGAGAUGGGCUUUGCUCAGCUGUCGGGGGAAGAAGCCCAGCCGUAUCUAUGGACAGGCCAUGGCGAUCAUCAAUGGCUCCCUUUACGUCUUUGGAGGGACAACUGGCUAUAUAUACAGCACAGACCUGCACAAAUUAGAUCUCAACACCCGAGAGUGGACCCAACUGAAGCCAAACAACCUGUCCUGUGAUCUGCCAGAGGAGAGAUACAGACAUGAAAUUGCACAUGAUGGUCAGAGGAUUUACAUCUUGGGAGGCGGCACAUCCUGGACAGCUUAUUCUUUAAACAAGAUCCAUGCAUACAACCUUGAGACAAAUGCAUGGGAAGAGAUUGCAACAAAACCCCAUGAAAAAAUAGGUUUUCCUGCAGCCCGCAGAUGUCACAGCUGUGUCCAGAUAAAAAAUGACGUGUUCAUUUGUGGAGGCUAUAAUGGAGAAGUGAUCCUGGGAGACAUCUGGAAGCUGAAUCUGCAGACUUUUCAAUGGGUGAAGCUCCCAGCUACCAUGCCUGAGCCGGUCUAUUUUCACUGUGCAGCUGUUACACCAGCUGGUUGCAUGUACAUUCAUGGAGGAGUGGUGAACAUCCACGAAAACAAACGGACUGGGUCGUUGUUUAAGAUCUGGCUGGUGGUGCCUAGCCUGCUGGAACUGGCGUGGGAGAAGCUGCUUGCGGCCUUCCCUAACCUAGCAAACCUCUCCCGAACACAGCUGCUGCACCUGGGACUCACACAGGGACUCAUUGAACGCUUGAAAUGAGGAUUUCUGGACUGUUCAUUGAUACUGGAAAUGUUAAUUUAAAGAGACUCCUUUAUUUAUGGGCAGUGUAGAAUGUGCGACAAAGAGGAUUGGUUACCCUGAUCAAGGCCUUAUUCAGAAAAUACAUCAGAUGCCUUUCUGUAAAUUGGUUUUAAGUUUAUGGAAAUCUCACUUCCCCUUCCCUUGUGCUUCUUUCUCUGCUUUUCUCCUCCCUACCCUGUUACACUUACUCACUUGUCCCCUUUUCCUUGAUGGCAUUGAGGGAAAGUCUGAAAGUAUCUUAAUAAUGUUAUGAAUCAAAGUAAGAUUAAGAAUGUUAAAGGAACUCUGAACAUAUAUGACCAUGUCAGCCAGUAUUCUCCAGAUUAAAGCAACAUCAUCAACAAAAAUAAAAUGAAUUUAAGUCCUGAAAUUUUGGGGACGGAAUAAGGAGGCUAACCUCGAGACUCAAACAGGUUGUAUGUAAGCAUAGGUGUUAAACUUACUGUCUUCAGACACGCAUUUAAUUGAGUAGCUGGGUCUAUUGGCAGAAGUAGUUCCCAUCUUACUCCAUAGAUACCCAAACCUACCCUUUGGCUUGUAAGGCUAGCUAAGCGACUCAGCAGCUCUUGAUUAGUGACUCCUUUUCCCAUCCUUACGGUGCCAGCAGUGAUUAGAGUUGGCUUGUCAAAAAACUCUGUGUAUGUGUUGUAACUGUGCUCUUUAUUGUUGCGCUUACAAAUUAUGGUACCAAGUACGCUUCAAAUCAAGAAACUUAUCAUGGUCUUUUUUCAUUCUGGUCGGCUUUGAACUUCUCUUGCGCUUAUUAAUCAUUCCUAGUAUCUCUUUGACUUCUUCGUGGGGGAAUUGCAGACCCUAACUAAUGUAGCAUAAUGCCAGGGACAUAAACAAAAGCUUGUGAGAGGCCAGAGAAGAGCAGGGCAGGUCUUGGCAGCUUGCUUUCUGCUCUAGGCUGUGAACUCUGACCACCAGAUUAGCCAUUUCCAUUUCAAAACUGGUUUCUUUUCUAACUCUGGGCCAUGUACCUGCCCUUUUCUUGGGCAAAGAGUUUUCUUCCCAGAAAGUCCGUUGGCCCUUGAUUUUCCUUUUACCUUACUGCCUCCCUUUCCACCUGCUUUAAUGUGCAUGGUGCUGUAACUAAUUGUCUAGUAAUUGGAUAAAGGGUCUUGGGGAGCCAUGGCUUAUCUUUCUUGAGGAAGUAACAGUUUAAAAGCCAGCGUGGAGGAGGUGUGAAGCUGAAUAUCAUUUACUCUUUGGUGUGCCAUUUGAGUUCUGGUUAGUUCCAUUUUUAAUUCUGAAAAAGAAAUGGCUGGUCUUUUCACUCAACUUUGCCAGCAGGCUGCUGGAGCAAGUCCCUGAGACAUCCGGGAAGUCCCGGUUGUAGGGCAGGUGUUGAGGGUGGACCAGAGGGUACAACACUGGCCAGUUCUGUUGGUGACUUCACAACAAGAGAUCCAUAUGGGAGAUUUGGGACACAUCUUUUUUUUUUUUUUUUAAGUGCCUGUUUUUCACUUAACUCACACAAAGCUAUUCUUUGUUUUCUUCCAUCCUAGAACUCUUUAAGCUCAUAUGUGGAUUUAUAGUUACCUUUGAGGUUCGGCUAAAAAGUUACCAUCUGGUGCUCAGUGCUGAGGGAGAGACGAACUUGGACCCUCCACUUCAACUCCUAGCUUUCAGGCCUUACUGUAACACCCCAUCCAUUCUGGGCUGAGUUUAUGGGGCACAUAUUCAGCAGUCUUAUAAUGACUACCAUCUGUGAGUUUUCAGGCCCUUUGGGAGUGAGGGAUGUGGAGGAGACAGGAAAAGGAGCAACUGCUGUAGAGGUCCCACCCCCAUCUUGCCAUGACAAAUCUUUUUGGCAUUUAACCUCUCACUGAUCACAGCUUGGUUUGUUCCAAAGAGGAGCAAGUCAGUCCGAGCAGUUCCAUUAGUUCAAAACAAAACUCUGCUGCAUGACUCCAGCCUGAUAUCUGAAUAAAUUUAGGGUCUGUAUCCAGAAUCAACAAGUCAUGCUGUCCAGGAAGGAUCUCUGUCAUGGAUUUACACAGAGACCAAAGACUGAACCCUCUGCCUCUGUUUUAUACAUCCGGGGUCCUUGGGAUGUAAGCAGAGAACUAGAUUGAGAAUUGGGGUCCAUGCAUACUCACUAGCAUCCUCUUCUGUCCCUUCCGAGGACAGUCUUCUUGCAAGUGGGCCUUGGAGGCCUGCCAUCCAAGACCAUGUAUGUGAUGUUUUCAUGAUGCUACACAGCCUGUGUCUGACACUAAUCAACAGGAUGCACAGCAACCUGCUCUGAGUGCUGUGAAACCAUAUAUGUGCACAUGCUCUCGAUGCCAAAUGAGACUGUGUGUGCUGUGACUUAAAUGUAGGUGGUUCAGUUUUUCACAAGGGGUCACCAGGCAUUUUAGCGUAACCACAACCAGCACUCUGACCCCUGACACUUACUUGACUUAGGAAAGUUUAUGCCUGCUGCUUCUCUGCCUCUUUGAGGCACUCCCAGCCAUCCUACUGCAGUCUUGUAAAUUUAAGUGCAAUACAUAGAAACACAUAUAGAUAUGAUAUACAGAUUAUAUAUAGGGUGUGACUAUAAAGCAGGUAGACUACUUUUUUUUAAAAUCUGUCAUGAGGAAGCCAGCUCAUUACUAGGGUCAGAUCAUGCUGUUAGUUUAAGAGGUGAUCAGCUGGUUUAUGUCAACCAACUCUUGAUUCAUGUUGUCUUAACUCUGAUUCCUAGAGACUUCCUGUUCUUUGGGUUUGUCAGUUGAGACUUUGCCCCAGUCAUCUUCGUUGGACCUCAUGCCUAUCUUAUCUUCCUACAUUUUCUUUGCCCAGGAGUGAGGGAGUUUACCUGUAAGGAGUUUCCUAAAUGAAACAAAACCUAAUGUUUAAUACUGUUCUCCCAUGUAUAUACUAACUUAUCUGUGAAUGUAAUGCUUUAUUAAAGUAAGAAAAUGAU